UAAAUAAUUUUCUUACAAAAGCGUCAACAAAACAAAAUGCUCCCAGUUUCCAGUUUUACUUCAUCAUGGCUUGUGAGAGUGUCUAAUGGCAGCCGGGUAUUUCUUCUCUAGUAGCUUGGGGGGUCUCACAGUUUAAUUUUAUUUGUGAAUAGUAAACGGUUACAGUUUUGUAUCACGUCCGACGGUUCCAAUUUUAAUUUAACAUAAUCACAUGAGUUUAGAUUGUGUCGUUUUGACUUCAUUUUUGUCGUUAUUGGUAGGCGCAGGGUUUGAAUCAAUAAUGCGGUGUCCAAUAUGAAGGAGAUGGUAGGAGGAUGCUGCGUGUGCUCGGACGAGCGAGGGUGGCCAGACAACCCGCUGGUAUACUGCGACGGGAAUGGGUGCACCGUUGCAGUCCACCAAGCAUGUUAUGGUAUUGUGACUGUACCAACUGGACCGUGGUUCUGCCGAAAAUGUGAAUGCCCUGACAUUAAAGGCAAAGUGAAAUGCGAGCUAUGCCCGUCGAAGUCGGGAGCUCUUAAACGGACCGACACAGGGGGCUGGGCCCACGUAGUCUGCGCCCUGUACAUCCCAGAAGUGAGGUUCGGCAAUGUCACCUCUAUGGAACCAAUCGUUCUGAGGCUAAUCCCCCCGGAGAGAUACAACAAGACUUGUUACAUCUGCCACGACCAGGGCAAGACUCAUCGUUCGACAGCUGGGGCUUGCAUGCAGUGCAACAAAUCAGGGUGCAAACAACAGUUUCACGUGACCUGUGCCCAAAGCCUGGGACUGCUUUGCGAGGAAGCCGGUAACUACCUGGACAACGUAAAAUACUGCGGAUACUGUCAACACCACUACAGUAAACUGAAAAAAGGCGGGAACGUGAAGACCAUACCGCCUUACAAGCCGGUCUCACACGACAGCCAGUCGAGCGAUUCCAGUGGCGAGAAAGAGGACGACGCCUCCUCCGUGCCAGGGGGCAGCGGCACUCCCACGCAGGCCACCAAAUCCAAAGGGCCGGGUCGCAAGUCCAGCGCUGCUGCUGGGAAGAGCAAUCCCAGCACCACCAAGACUGCCACCGUCACUAGCCAGUCUUUGGAGGCGAGUCAGGACCCGGCGGAUGCUCCCAUUUUAGGCCGCAAACAGAAAUCCUCGGACAAAAGUGGGAAGCAGCACUCUGAUAAGAAGAAGCCCUCGCCGUCCCGCCGUGGGUCCUCAGCAGGAGACGGAGGCUCCAGCAGCAAGGCUAGCACGCCGGCUCCCUCGCCGCAGCACCCGCCACCGGAGCCCCAGCCGUCCACAUCCAAAGCAGCCGGCGGUUCCACGCCCGGUCCCAAGGCGACCCCGCCGCCCGCGUCGCCGAGCGCCGCCAAAGUAGCCGAGCCGGUCGGCGUCAUCAACACAGCGCCGCCGGCGUCUUCCAUACCGCUGCCGACUACUCCUGCUACUUCUGUUACUCAAACUAUAACUACAUCAGUGGUGCAUAGUAUCCCGACGAGCAAGCCGCCGUCUUCGUACCAGGAGUCGGUGAUCACCAACACAGACGCGAUCGACACCAAGCAGACAAAAAAGCGCAAAGCCAUAUCUGCAGCUAACACGCCUGCUGCUACUCCAGUUGACUACACCUCCACCGCACCGCAAGUAGUGCCCAACGAGGUGAAUCCGCCACCGAGUGUGUGGGAGGGGCCUCAUCCCGGCAACAACGAGAUACAACACGACCCCAUGGAUAAAAUUAUUAAGAAGGCCAAAACGGAUGGAUCCGAGGCAGUGACCAUGCCCGCACACUUUUCGAGCCUGAGUCCGGCGCCGCCGCCGCCACCGCCGCCGCCUGCGCACAGCCCGGCAUCCAACCCUAGCCCCAGGCACCUGCCGAGCCCGAUGCCAGGUCCCAGCGGCAUGAAUACAGCGUCCACAAUUCGCUCACCCCAACCUCCCCCACAGGCCGGGAAGGAGCGCAAUGUGCAGGGGCAUAGGUCGCUGCUCGUCUCCGUGCCCUUACCGUCUACCAGCCAUGGACUCAACCUCUCGACGCACGCGCAGGUUCCAUCAUUACAGACAAGGGUAUCCGCUGCCUCAGACUUGUCGAGGCUCUCCCCUCACAUAUUCCAUCAACCGCAGAAGCUGGCGGCUAUGGAGCCUAGUAUGUCCAGUCACAUCCCGCACAACGUUCCCGGCCGCUCGGCGUGGGGAGGUCUAAACGUCGCCUACGAGAUGCAACAGGAUCCCAACAAGCCAGGAGUGAGCGGUGUGCCUGGUACCAGCAAAGACAUCAACCUGGCAGGUAUACCGAUGCCGCCGGCCGCGAUCCGGACGAAGAAACGCGCGGCGAUGGCCGCCUCAGUCGUCAACAUGGCCACCGCGCCGCCGCCGCCGACGCCGAUGCGUGGUGCAUACAAAAAUCGACUCAGAGGCUCGGUGACUGAGACCGUGACGUCGCAAAGUCUGGCCAAUGUGAGGCGCGCGCCGCAGCCGACGCCGCCGCCUCUGUACCAAGAAACUAUCAGAGACUCCCCGCCCGUAUCGCCGAGUUCAGAACGUCCGUUGAGGCAAAAAUUGGACGCUAAUAUUUUCAGCCGACUAGGCGUGAACUGCACGGCGCCGCAUAUGCUGGGCAACGAGCUCAAUCCCGAGAGCGGAGCCGCCGCCCGCCUGCAGGAGCAGCUGACGGCCGAGCUGGCGGCGCACGCGGCCGGCGGCGCCGGGCCCGACUCGCUGGUGCCGCCGCCGCUCAUCAACAAGGCGGCCGCGAGCGGCGGGCAAGGCCGCGGCACUUCCAGCGCCCAGAGCCUCGACCAGCUGCUAGAAAGGCAGUGGGAGCAGGGCUCACAGUUCCUCAUGGAGCAAGCGCAGCAUUUCGACAUCGCAUCACUGCUAUCAUGCCUGCACCAGCUGCGCACUGAGAACGUGCGACUUGAGGAACACGUCGGCAACCUGCUUCAACGCCGCGACCACUUGUUGGCUGUCAACGCGCGACUCGCCAUACCGCUUUCCACCGGACAAUAUGUAGACGGUGUACAGAUGCACACUGCGUACAACGCCAGCGGAGUCCCGGUGUCGGGGCCGCCGGGCCCGGACCCGCCGCGUCUGCAGCGCGACAACUCGCAGGUGCGAGCGCCGUCGGCAUCCGUGCGGGCACCCGAGACCAUCACUUCGGAGCGCCCACACCAGCUCAUGAUGCGGGAGGUGCAGCAAAAGCCCAGCUGAAAUGAGUUUCGCGGCGGCGGGGACGGCCGGGGCCCGCCCGCGGCCCCGGACGGGCCCGAGGCGCUGCACGCCGUCCAGACGUACAUCAUGUACGAGCAGCGGCGGCGGCCCGACUUCUCCAUCGACUCCAUACUCAAGUACGACCACUAAGCCACCGGAGACCACCCGACGCCCGUAGUUACAGUGAAGUGCGCACGCUCGGCUAUACCGCCCGCCAAGUCAACAAUAUUGCGCCAAUAUUCUCAAUAUCGCCUGAUUAUGAAUAUUGCCGCAAUAUUAACACGCUUGCGGGCCACACGCUGCUCGUUCAAGCACCUAUCAAUAGUGAUAUGGACACUGCAAUAGAUAUUGGCAUACGCUAUGAGAUGUCAACACAUUAUUCAUAUAAUAUGUGUAUUAUUUUAAUUGCAUAUUACCGUAUCCGUAUAGUAUACUCACUCGUAUAGAUUAUCUAUUAAUGUUUUCACAGCUCAUGCUAUGUAUGUCAGAUGACAAUUUUUAUUAGCAUAUCAGUGCAAAACAGUUUUAAUACAAUAGUGUUACAAACCAAAGACAAUUACAGCAUAAUUAGUGGAAUACAUUUUAAUAAACAAUACAUUUUAGCAUUAAAAGGCGUCGUUUAUACGAAUGAUUCCGUAACGGUUGUCCGUGUGUGUAGUGAUCUAAGUAAGUGUCAAAGAAAAAUAUUCCUAUGACGGUGAAGUGAAGGCGCGUGGCUUAUUUGUGACAAAUGUUUGGAAUAGUCGUCGAAUUCAAAGACUUAAUGGUACUAUGUGUACAAAUAAGCCGUGUGGUGACGUCUAUUUGUCGUUUUAUUUCCACCCUCGUCGUGGAAACAAUACGUCGAAACAUCGACGAUUGCCAUACAAAUGCAGCGCAAACAUUAGUAAUGCCCAUUAUGUUUUGUUUGUCUUCGAGGACACCUUACGAAGUAGUCGCGCAUUUUUUUUGCAUGGUACGUCAGUCGCGUGUUUCGUUACGUCACUCGAGGGAAGGUAGUUUUCAUAGUCGAUUCUAUUUUUUAGGACUUCUGGACCAAUAGAAAUCGGCAAAUGAUAUUUUACUGAAUUCUAUUGCAAUUGUGAUUAAUUUUCCUAAAAACUACUACAGGUAGCGUAGAUGUAUGUAUUUAAUCUGCAGAAUUGCUACGGCAGGGUUGUUGCCAAUUUUUGGAAGCAAUAUUUUUUGACAUUGCUAUGUGACAUUUGUUUCCAAAAUCAAGCAGAUUUACCAUAGUCAAACUGUAUGUAGAUAAUCCAAAGUAUGUGUAUAGUAAGGCGCUAGGGGACGCGCUGGAUAAGAUUUGUGUUCGAGUUCCGUAUUGUACAGUAUGGAGCGUACACAACUAUUAACUGUGUAAAUAUUUUCCUGAUUUUAUCAGAUGUGUCUUACUCCCAAAUUGAAUCGUUAAAAUAAACGAUAUUUCCGUCUCACUCACGUUUAACACCAUGGUUUUUAAAUGCUUUUAUUAGUCAUAAUGACUAAUUCUUAUUACCCCAUUUUUAGGGUUCCGUAUUCACGGUGGCCAAUCCUAGAAUGGAUGUCGCAGGCAAGCCAUCAUAAUAUAAAUAGAUCAUUCUUGAUUGAGACACAUCUGUAUGUAUAGCACUUAGAAGAUAAUAAAUGUGAAAAAAGAUAAAA